AUGGACCCAAGUGAAGAGGAUGAUGACAUUAUAGCUCAACAAGCUGCACUCGCAUAAGCUAAAUUCGGAGGACUUAAGAAGAAAAAUCCUGUUAUGCAAGGAGAUAAAAAGAAGUUCGAUUCAGCAGAUUAUUUCACAGAGCAUGAAAAAUUGAAGGAAGCUGCAGGACUAGGGAAGCAAAAUGAGGAAGAGUAGAAAAAUCAGGAGAGCUAGUGA